AUGAACCAGAAAAACUGCACCAUGGUGACAGAGUUCAUUCUCCUUGGAUUAUCAGACAUCCCGGAGCUGAGAGUCUUCAUCUUUCUACUGUUCCUUCUAAUUUAUGGAGUCACGGUAUUGGGUAACCUGGGCAUGAUAGCAGUGAUUCAGGUCAGCUCUCCACUUCACACCCCCAUGUACUUCUUCCUCAGCCACUUGUCCUUUGUGGAUUUCUGCUACUCCACCGCUGUUGUGCCUAAGAUGCUGGACAAUAUCUUAAACAAGGACAAAGCCAUUUCUUUUGUGGGGUGUACUGUACAGUUCUACUUGUUUUGCACAUGUGUGGUCACCGAGGUCACACUGUUGGCUGUAAUGGCCUAUGACCGGUUUUUGGCCAUCUGCAACCCACUGCUGUACAUGGUCAUCAUGUCCCAGAAGCUCCGUGUAGAGCUGGUGUCUGGCUGCUACCUGUGUGGAACAGUGUGUUCUCUGAUGCACUUGUGUUUAGCUCUUGAAAUUCCAUCCUAUCAAUCAAAUGUGAUUAACCACUACUUCUGUGAUCUACCCUCUCUUUUAUCUCUUGCCUGCUCUGAUGUCUCUAUGAAUGAACUGCUGCUGUUUAUUGUAGCCACUGUCAAUGAGAUCGGCACCAUUGUGAUAAUCCUCACUUCCUACUUCUUUAUUUUCAUCACCAUUCUGAGGAUGCACUCUGCAGAGGGAUGGUACAAAGCCUUUUCUACCUGUGCCUCCCACCUCACAGCCAUCGUUGUCUUCCAUGGAACAAUCCUUUUCAUUUAUUGCCAGCCUAGUUCAGGUAAGAGUUUGGACAAAGAAAAGGUAGCCACAGUGUUCUACACUGUAGUGAUCCCCAUGCUGAACCCCCGAUCUAUAGCCUGA